CGUACCAACCCGUCUCUGCGAGCGUGCUGAUAUGGCCCGACCAGGGUGCACCUGGAACCGGCUAGACCGACAGCAGGAGCGCGAUGUGCGGGAGCUCAUUCGGCGUGUCACUGGCCUCCAGGACGAGGAGGACCCCAACUUCCAAACGGCUCUGAACUUCGCUUGGUCCAACUUCAGAUUUCAUCGUUUCUUGGAUGUCAACAGUCACAAAAUAGAAAAAACAAUAGAAGGAAUCCAUGAAAAAUUUGUUAUUCAUUCUGAUCUCAGCAAAGCUACUAGUUGGAGGAGACUCACUGAGAAGUUUCUAAAUGCAUCACUUUCCAGCAUAGAGGGAGUAAAGACAGAUGCACAUUAUUCCAUCCUCUCACUCCUCCUGUGUCUGUCUGAUUCUCCUUCAAACUUCAACUAUGUGGAAACUCCAAGAGAUAAAGAAGUGGAAAAGAAAGAUGAUUUUGACUGGGGAAAAUACUUGAUGGAAGGUGAAGAAAUUGACAUUGGCCCAAAUGUGGAGACACCAAACUGGUCUGAAGACAGUGGUGAUGAAGAUGCACAGCAGCCUCUGAGCAGGGAAGACUCUGGGAUACAGGUUGACAGGACCCCAUUAGAAGAUCCAGAUCCAAAGAGAAAACUGGGCCUUCAGGUCUGCUGGACAGAUGAGCCAGAUGCCCGAAGCUGGCUGGAGCAGCAUGUGGUCCACCAGUACUGGACAGCCAGGCGCUCCCGGAUCCUACAUAGUUUACAUUUGCACUCCAACUUAGCUGCUGUCUGGGACCAGCACCUGUACAGCAGUGAUCCACUGUAUGUUCCAGAUGACAGGGUGGUUGUCUCUGAGACACAGGUUAUUCGGGAAACGCUAUGGUUACUUUCAGGAGUAAAAAAGCUCUUUAUAUUUCAGUUGAUUGAUGGGAAAGUAACUGUGAGAAACAAUAUUAUAGUAACUCAUUUGACACAUAAUUGUUUACUAUCUGUGCUGGAACAAAUAGCAGCAUACGGCCAGGUUGUGUUCCGGCUCCAGGAGUUCAUUGAUGAUGUCAUGGGACACAGCUCUGCGAGCCCGCCACCUGGAAAUGGUUCUGUAUCCAAGAAGUCACCUGAGGCUCCCUUUAGAACUUACCAGGCUUUCAUGUGGGCACUCUACAAAUACUUCAUCAGCUUCAAAGAGGAACUUACAGAGAUUGAGAAGACCAUCAUCAAUAAUGAUACCACAAUAACUCUUGCAAUAGUAGUGGACAAGUUGUCUCCUCGACUGGCUCAGCUCAAAGUUUUGCACAAAGUGUUCAGUACCGGAGUAGCAGAAGUUCCGCCUGAUACUCGGAAUGUUGUCCGGGCAUCUCAUCUGCUUAACACGCUGUACAAGGCCAUUCUUGAAUAUGACAAUGUUGGAGAAGCCUCAGAACAAACUGUCUCCCUCUUGUUCUCUCUGUGGGUGGAAACAGUGCGGCCUUACCUGCAGACUGUGGAUGAAUGGAUUGUGCACGGACACCUGUGGGAUGGAGCAAGGGAGUUCAUCAUACAGAGGAACAAAAAUGUUCCAGUAAAUCACAGAGACUUCUGGUAUGCAACUUACACAUUGUACAGUGUAUCAGAAAAGACAGAAAAUGAAGAAAAAAUGAGUGACAAUGCUAGUGCGAGUUCUGGCAGUGACCAGAGCCCCUCCAGUAGGCAGCAUACCAUGGUGUCCUUCCUCAAGCCUGUCCUGAAGCAGAUCAUCAUGGCCGGCAAGUCCAUGCAACUGCUGAAGAACCUGAGAUGUGCGGAGAGCACUGUGUGUCAGGCCACAGCCAGAGAUGCUGAAAGAAAAAGUUUAUAUACCCUUUUUCUGGAAUCUGUGCGGUUGCGACUUCAGCAUGGGGAAGAUUCCACUGCCCAGGUCCUUACUGAGCAACAGGCUACCAAAGAGAACCUAAUUAAGAUGCAGUCCAUUGCUGAAAGGCACCUUGAACUGGAUGAUGUUCAUGAUCCACUGUUGGCCAUUAACUUUGCAAGGUUGUAUUUGGAGCAGAGUGACUUUCAUGAGACGUUUGCUGGUGGUGACAUAUGUAUGGAUAGGUCGUCAGAGUCUGUGACAUGCCAGACUUUCGAAUUAACACUGAGGUCUUGUCUCUAUCCUCAUAUUGAUAAGCAGUAUCUGCAUUGCUGUGGAAAUCUAAUGCAAACCCUCAAAAGAGAUUACAGGUUGGUAGAGUACUUGCAAGCCAUGAGGAAUUUUUUCUUGAUGGAAGGUGGAGAUACCAUGUAUGACUUCUACACAUCCAUUUUUGAUAAAAUACGAGAAAAGGAAAGCUGGCAAAAUGUGUCUUUUCUUAACGUCCAACUCCAAGAAGCAGUAGGCCAGCGCUACCCUGAAGACAGUUCACGGCUGUCUAUAUCUUUUGAAAAUGUUGACACAGCUAAGAAGAAACUACCUGUUCAUAUCUUAGAUGGCCUGACCCUGAGCUACAAGGUGCCCUGGCCUGUGGACAUUGUUAUAAGUUUGGAAUGUCAAAAAAUUUAUAAUCAAGUAUUCCUUCUCCUAUUGCAAAUAAAAUGGGCAAAAUAUAGUUUGGAUGUUUUACUAUUUGGUGAACUGGCUAAUCCUGCUGAAAGACCCCAAGUCAAAGAAGGCAUGUCACAUGAACAAGACACACUUGCCCAGUUUGGCCCACCAAAAGAACCAAUAAGACAGCAGAUCCACCGCAUGUUCCUCCUGAGGGUGAAGCUCAUGCAUUUUGUGAACAGUCUACAUAACUACAUCAUGACCAGGAUUCUUCACAGUACAGGACUGGAGUUUCAGCAUCAAGUCGAGGAAGCCAAGGAUUUAGAUCAGUUGAUUAAAAUUCAUUACAGAUAUUUAUCAACCAUCCAUGAUCGAUGUCUACUGAGAGAAAAGGUCAGCUUUGUAAAGGAAGCCAUCAUGAAGGUUUUGAACUUAGCACUCAUGUUUGCAGAAGGUUGGCAGGCAGGCCUGGGCACGUGGCAAAUGGAAUCUAUUGAGAAAAUGGAAUCUGAUUUUAAAAACUGCCACAUGUUUCUUGUAACCAUUUUAAACAAAGCUGUCUGUAGAGGAUCUUUUCCCCAUUUGGAAUCUCUAGCAUUGUCACUUAUGGCUGGCAUGGAACAAAGUUAAAUAUCUUGGAUGUAACAAGUUCCUUAGUAUACCUCAUCUUCAUAUAUUUAUAUUUUCACCAUUUGUUUCUGAGAAGUAAGAAUCUUUUUAUUUUUGUUUAUGUUAAAAAUGUGCUCAGUCCAGGCACAUGGAUUGUAGGUGACUUCUCUGGAGAUUGUUAGAUACUGUAUAAAUUUAUGUAUAUGAGAUUGUGUACAUAAUUACAAAGUAUAUGUAGCCUAUGUAUAUAGAUUGUUGACUCAUAUUUAUAUAAAUAUGCUGGUAAAUAUUGCAAUAUAUUGUUUUUAAAGUGUAAUUAUUAUUAAAAAUAAGUAAAUGCA